UAUCGCGAGAUAAAACGGGAUACAAAAAUGGCUGCUGUUAAGCUACAGAAGAGCGUCGUGAGCCAGGCUGGAAAACACACUGCUUCUGUCAUCUUCCUUCAUGGCUCAGGAGACACAGGGCCAGGUUUGCGCAGGUGGGUUUAUGAUGUAUUGGGACAAAACCUGGCAUUCGAACACAUCCGUGUGAUUUAUCCCACAGCACCAGCCAGGCCGUACACACCCAUGCGAGGGGCUCCGUCUAACGUGUGGUUCGAUCGUCACAAGAUAUCCCAGGACUGCCCGGAACAUUUAGAGUCGAUAGAUGCAAUGUGCGACCAUUUAAGCGCCAUUGUCCAGGAGGAGAUCCGAGCAGGAAUCCCGAAACACAGGAUGGUUGUUGGUGGAUUUUCGAUGGGCGGUGCCAUGGCGUUACACCUGGUUUGCAGGAAUCACCAGGAUGUGGCUGGCGUCUUCUCUCUGUCCAGCUUUCUUAACAAAGACUCAGUCAUAUAUCAGGCCGUGGAAAACGCAUCCCCGCGACCUCUACCUGAGCUUCUCCAGUGUCACGGAACAGCAGAUGAGCUGGUUCUCCAUAGCUGGGGCGAGGAGACCAACUCUCUGUUGAAGAAAGCUGGCCUCAACACAUCUUUCCAUUCCUUCCCAGGCCUCAACCAUCAGUUGUGUCGACAAGAACUGGAGUUACUGCGCUCCUGGAUCCUGAAGAAACUUUCCCUUUAAAUCAUAGUUAAUGCUGGACAAUGACCGCUGCUUCACUUUCUUCUGCAAUAAUCGCCAUGUACUCUCCUUCAUGUUGGCACAAGAUGUCAUUUUAUUAGUGUGGAUCAAAACCUUUCAUCAGAGUUGUUCUUAAACCUUAGGACAACUUUCAACUUUUACGAUCCGCUUCAUAAGUUGACUACUGUAUAUAUUUCACAUAUUAAACCUGGUGCAAGCAA